AGUCAAAAUGUUUCACAUUUGUUCUAAAAAAGGUGGAAGAAAAUUUAGUCCAAUGCAAUAUUGAUGCCCCUCGGUGCUUAUUUAUUUUCUGUUAGAGGCUCUUAAAACCAAUUUGGAGCAAAACAACGAUCCAUCCAGCCAUAAUCAAUAGCUUGAAUCUGCAACGCGUGUCAGUCGCAGCACCGCAUGUAGGAGAAUGCAGACAGGAGGGGUGGAGUUCACAGCUUUUACUUUUCAAACGCUGCUCAGGCAGAAGAGCUCAUUCUUUGCCUGCAAAACAGCGGAGUUGGCGCUGAUGCGUUGUGGCAUGUCAUCCCACUUUUAAGUCAGAUCAAUCGUCUCACUGUUGCAGCCUCCCAUUAAACUUUUUAUGCUGUUGCCCGUCCAAUGGACAGCACUUAGGAGGUUUAUCUGGACCGUACCCGCUCCUGCUCGCUCGCCCGCUGCGCCCCAGCUCUCCGCCGUCGAUUCUCCAGGUUCAGAGGGACUCACGCGGCUCGGGGAGCUGGCCUGGGUCUCCUGCACGCAUGGAGGGAGACGUUAUGGACAAGGUGGAGGCCACGGCGACGGUCCGUGACUUCGAUCCUAUCAGUGGGAGCAUCCCGGCCACCAAAGUGGAGAUCACCGUAUCCUGCAGGAAUCUCUUGGACAGAGACACUUUCUCCAAAUCCGACCCAUUGGUUGUGUUGUACACGCAGGGUGUGGAGUCCAAACAGUGGAGAGAGUUUGGGAGAACAGAGGUGAUAGACAACACGCUAAACCCAGACUUUGUCAGGAAGUACAUCCUGGACUACUUCUUUGAGGAGAAGCAGAACCUUCGCUUUGACGUGUAUGAUAUUGAUUCUAAAAGUCCUGAUCUGGCAAAGCAUCCAACCGACUUUAACGACUUCCUGGGACAAAUCUACUGUACACUGGGAGAGAUAGUGGGCUCACCUGCCAGUCGCUUGGAGAAACCUCUUGGUGGCAUACCUGGGAAGAAAUGUGGGACCAUUGUCUUGUCAGCUGAGGAGCUGGGAAACUGCAGAGAUUAUGCCACGAUGCAAUUCUGUGCCACCAAACUGGAUAAAAAGGACUUCUUUGGAAAGUCUGACCCCUUCAUGGUCUUCUACAGAAGCAAUGAGGAUGGCACGUUCACCAUCUGCCACAAGACUGAAGUAGUGAAGAACACACUGAACCCUGUGUGGCAGUCCUUCUCCAUCCCUGUCAGAGCACUCUGUAACGGAGACUAUGACAGGACAAUCAAAGUAGAGGUGUACGACUGGGACAGAGACGGGAGCCACGAUUUCAUCGGUGAAUUCACCACCAGCUACAAAGAGCUCUGUCGAGGUCAGAGCCAGUUAAACAUCUACGAGGUGGUGAAUGCCAAGAAGAAAAUAAAGAAGAAGAGAUACAUCAACUCUGGGACGGUGUCCUUGUUGUCAUUCAGUGUGGAGUCGGAGCACACCUUCCUGGAUUACAUCAAAGGAGGGACUCAGAUUCACUUCACAGUGGCCAUUGAUUUCACCGCAUCAAAUGGAAAUCCAUCCCAGUCCACUUCACUGCACUACAUGAACCCAUACCAGAUGAAUGCCUAUGCCAUGGCCCUGAAGGCUGUGGGAGAGAUCAUCCAAGACUACGACAGUGAUAAGAUGUUCCCUGCACUGGGAUUCGGUGCUAAGCUGCCCCCUGAUGGGAGGGUCUCUCAUGAGUUCCCUCUGAAUGGCAACAUCGAGAACCCGUACUGUAAUGGCAUGGAGGGGAUCCUCGAAGCUUACCAUCAAAGCCUUAAGACGGUUCAACUGUAUGGACCCACCAACUUUGCACCUGUUGUUAAUCAUGUGGCAAGGUAUGCGGCAGCAGUGCAGGAUGGAUCUCAGUACUUUGUCCUGCUCAUCAUCACUGAUGGCGUCAUAUCAGACAUGGCUCAGACCAAAGAGGCCAUAGUGAAUGCAGCUAAACUCCCCAUGUCUAUCAUCAUUGUUGGAGUUGGCCAAGCUGAGUUUGAUGCCAUGGUCGAGCUGGAUGGUGAUGACAUCAGAAUUUCCUCCCGGGGGAAAUUGGCAGAGAGAGACAUUGUACAGUUUGUCCCGUUUAGAGACUACAUGGACCGCACAGGCAACCAUGUGCUGAGCAUGGCGCGGCUGGCUAAAGAUGUACUGGCUGAGAUCCCUGACCAGCUGAUCUCUUACAUGAAGAGCCGAGGCAUUAAACCUAACCUCGUCCCACCGGCUUACUCAACCGGCGACCACCUCCAGACCAACCCCGUCUGAGCCCCAUACACAGCUCCACGUUGGGGUGGGGCAGGUUCGGGAUUGAUGGGAACCCGUAUCCACGAUGGAAAUGCUUCUGAGGCCCUUUCGUAAAUAUUAAUCCGGCUAAAUGAAAAGAUGAUGAGACUCCAUUUUGUUUUGGAGCAGUAAUACUGCGUUGGGGGAAGCUGCUGAUGAUCAGGGAGUUUUAUUCUCUCUUCUUCUGAGUGUUUGAGGAUGAGAGUGCUGAGAGAGGUCCGGUGUAAAAGGGAGGUUUUAGUUGUUUGCUGUCAACCUGUCAAAGUGGUGAUGUAAUGGAUAGCAAGUAAACCUGUAGAGAGAGCCUGUUUGAAGGCAUAAAUAUAUUAGAAUGUGACAGUCUAUCAUGUUUGUGAUACCUUUUGGAAUCGAUGUGUGUUAAACUAGGAAAUCAUGUGUAUACUAAUUUAUUUAUUUAUUUAUUGGAGAAAUAAUUUAUUCCUUUGAGGGGGUUUUAAGGGUGGGGAUUAAAGUCAUAUUUCCCCUGUAGUUUUCCAUCUUAUAUUUUGUGACCAGUGUAAUAAAAAAAAUCCCCAUUUCUACUUUGAUAAGGACUGUAAUAUAAAAGCAUGUGAUAAAAACCUAUUAAGCAGUUUAUGAAUCAUUUUCACUGAUGGAUAAUUUUUGAUUGCAAGCUGUUAAAUACAUGUAGAGGACCUGCAGUGAGCUGUCGCCAUACUGAUUAUCCAGCACCAUGUCUUAUAUGUAUUUUUAAUAUUUAUAUUAACAGAAUGCACUAAUUACUCUUCAAAUAAAAAGCACAAAGGUUAUAAUGUUAAUAAGCUAAAAAAACAUUAUUUUGAAAGAACCAACAGCUACCACAAUGAAAAUAAUGGAAGGAUCCGACAUUAUGUUUCCAGCAUGGCUUUAACCUCGUCUUCCACUGUCAUUUUAAACAUGAUGACAGCAGGAAGAAUGUUUAUAAGAAAAUGACUGUACUGAUAUAUUAAAAUGAACUUAUAUUUAUCCUAAAAACAGGAUGUUUACAGAAAAAUAGAUGAAUAAUUCAGAGCACAUGCUUGCUUUCCCUGUUAGUAUGCAGAGAGGUAAAUCCUGCUGUCCUGCUUAAGUCAUGCUGCCAUAUUUCAUUUGUCAUCUCGCAGCUUGUGUUUCUUUCCAUUAUAUUUGUUGUGGUUACAGUUUAAUGUCUGGGAUUUUGCUUGGUACUUUUAGAGGACCCUACAACCCCAUUUUUUUAAAGACUGGUGUCAGCUAACAGUCACUUUCUUCCCCCCUAAAAUUGAUUUGUUUCCCCAAAAUGAAAACAAUCACAAAUCAGCCACAAGUAUGGAGUAUGAGAUAUUUGAGCGAUGAAUGUUUUUUUUAAUGAUCUAAAGAAAAACCACAACUGAUUGCACAAAACAAAAACAGUCACAAGUCCAUCUUUUCUGAUUCAGUGUCUCGUGUACGCGUUUUGCUUCCUGUGUUUUAGUCUUAAUUGUGUUCCCAGAAAACAUUUUUACACUAAUGCACAACAGCCCAUUUUAUAACAAAACAUUGGGAUAUCAUUUUAGUACCUAAAUACAAUUUCACAAUUUGUUUUACAAUUCAGUUCAAGCCAGUUAUUGAUAUAUUCAUAUCCAUAUUUUCUUUCAGUGACUGUGUAAAAAUUUUGUUACAGCCAUUGUGGCCUGCUUGUGUACAUCCUAAUUAAUCUAUUUAUAACGGCCAUCAUUUUCAUUAGUAUCUCUCAGUCACUCAAUAUCUCGAUCCAAAUGUGCCUAUUAUAUGGAAACAUAUCCAAAUUCAGUUACCCAGGUGUUAUUCUGCCAGCAGCAGCAGGUCACAUGUUUAAGAUGUACACACAGAAAAUGGUAGCGAUGAUAAAACUGUUACAAGAUUAGGACACACUGUCUCAACCAGUGCUCUGUACUUUUUAUACUUAAAGCUCUUCACUGAUGGUCUUUGAAAUAAUGAAAGUAAACAGUGUCACUGAGCCUUGUUGUACAAUAUUCAAAGUCAAGACUUGUUUACACUUCAACUGUGGCUACUUACAUUGCCUCAAGGAAAACGUAAACAUUCAUGGGUUUCGUUAAAAAGUCAGUUUAUCUUUGAUCUGUCGUGUCUGUGCAUCAUUCAGUUCAUUUUGUACUCGCAGAGUUUCACCAAAUGGCACUGGAGAACUAACGUUUAGAAAGAUUUGUCAUGUUCUCUGAGAUUGUGAAGCUCUGAUUUCUCACUGUUUUGUUUUGUGUUUAGAGCAAGUGUAUUCAUGUGACUCAUGUUACUUUACGAUCUUUAGUCAGGCGUUUAAUGUUGUUUGACUCCCAUUGCUUUAGUGCUCUCAGAGAGAAGAUAGAGUCUGAUGAUACUUCAGAAACUCAGUCCAGAGGCAGUGAACUCCUUCUGUCACGGGUCCAGAUCCAUCUUUAUACUUUUCUUUUUUUAAUCUUUCAUUAGUGAUGACAUUCUUCCCUCAGAAGACAAAGCAGAGUUUAAUCUGCUGCCAAAUUCACUUGUUCAGUGAUCAGAAAUUAAAUGAGGCCAUUAAGUUUACUUACAUAACCCGCAUAAAUACCUGAAUACCUCUACAGAAAGCCAUUCAAGCCAAAAGGAAAUCAUUAUUAUACAUUCAAUAUAUUUCUUAUUAAAUAUAUUUAAAGAGUAUUUUAAAUUAAUAGCUUAACUAUCUGAAAUAUUAACUUUAUUUUAAAUUCUGCUUUUCAAAGUGAUUAUGGUUUUCACAUCUUCUUUUUAAAAGGUAAUCAUUACUCAUAGGUGGAAAAAGCGUGUCACGUUAAGUCAGGAUCAGCAUGCAGCUCAUAUACUGUGAGUGUGAUUGCAAAUGUCUGUGAACAUAAAUUAAAUUAAAUGUGUCAGGUUGGGGGCAUAUGUUGUGUGCACUUUUCAGGCAUAUUUUGUGUAAUUAAUCAAAAUUAGCUGAAGUAGGAUUAAAUGGCUUCUUUGGCUGCUCUGCUAAAACUAUAAUAAGCUAUAGUCUUUUUUUGUUUUUUAUCCUGAGGCAUAUUUCUUCCACAAGGAAAUGAAAAAAACUACUAAUCAAUAAAUAUGAAAUGAGCACAGUAUUGACACUUAUGCAAUUGUGAGACAUUAGAUUAUUAUCAUUAAAUAUAUUUUGCAGUCUAAAAGAUGUCUUUCCAACACUUCAGUUAUUUAUUUUCUCUCGGUGGGAAUGGCUUUGAUUAUUUAUCCCUUCAUUUUGAAUUUUCUUUGAGGCUGAAUUCUAAUUAUGUACAUAAGCCCCAUAUAAAGAAUACACAGUGCCAAAAUGUGUUCAGUUGCUGAACUUGGCCUCUUUAGACAAUGUGCAUGUUUGUGCCAAAACGGCAGGAAGUUUGAUAGUCUGCCUUCAUUUCACCUGAUUAGUGCAUCUGCCUCUGUGCUUCAUUUGUUACUUCGGAUGUUAUUCAGAGAUAACAGCCACUUCUAGCAUGUUGGUUUCUUUCCAUUCUGUUCCUAUGAGACACAAACUGUAUGGGUUCUUCUUGCCACUACUCCUGUUUUAUCCCAGGUCGUUUACAUACCUCUCUUGGUCUCUGACUUGCAUGCUGAAUAAUUUCCAAACCAGGUGUUGGACAUGAUAUUGUCGUUAUACUGUGGUUUGUGAAAUGCUUUGUAAUGGAUUGCCUUAACUGAAGAUUAAUAAAAUAUUGACAACUUUGGCAGAAUGCAAGAUUUUUUUUGUGUGAGUGUUUGAUCACUGAUAAAGCGAGUAACUUCAAAAGAGAACUCCACUGAUUUAACAUCACGUAUUGUCCUAUUACAUGAUAAAAUGUCAAAACAGCAGAACCAGAGAUAUUCUAUUUUUAUUCUAUUCACUGUUGUUUUUUGCUAAAACAUUAUGCCUACAUUACCCACAGUGCAAUCUGAUUCAGUUGGGCUAGUAGUGGCAGAUUUAGCCUCCAAACGCUAGCUUCAAAAAAAGAGGAGGAGUUCUGGUGAGCUCACUUCUUUCUAACUUCACAUGCCGAGAUUCAUUUUAUGUUCAAACUUCGGCACCAUCCGACGUUGACUCAAGUGACAUCAUUUUCCCCAUGAAUGCUUAACUUUUGGAUGAAUUUAGAUUGCCAUUAAUGAGUCAUGAACUGCAGAAUACCGUGUAUUUGAUGUAGAUCUGUAUCUUGUUUUGCAUCAGCCUGCUGGCUCCACAGUGCUGCAGUUAUUAAAUGAUGAAGAA